CUAACAAUUCGUGGAAGUAAACUCCCAGGGCAUACUUCCUAAUAGGCGAGAAAUAGCUGUGAAGAGACUAUCAAGAAGCUCCGGUCAAGGGGCAGUCGAAUUUAAAAAUGAGGUGUUAUUGUUAGCCAAACUUCAACACAGAAAUCUUGUGAGGCUGAUUGGAUUUUGCUUGGAGGGAGAAGAAAAGAUUCUUGUCUAUGAAUUUGUACCCAACAAAAGCCUUGACUACUUUCUUUUCGGUCAGUUUCUUGUAAACAUAUUAUUGUGUGUGUUGUAUCUAACAUAUGCAGACCUGAGUUAAAUGUUUGAUUUCAUGUGGAUAUGUAGACCAUGAAAAGCAAGGACAACUGGAUUGGGAAAGACGUUACAAAAUCUUAGGAGGAAUUGCUAGAGGGUUUCUUUAUCUUCAUGAGGAUUCUCGACUUAGAAUUAUUCAUCGCGACCUUAAAGCUAGCAAUAUUUUGUUAGAUGAAGAUAUGAACCCAAAAAUAUCAGAUUUUGGUAUGGCCAGAAUUUUUGGAGUUGAUCAAAGUGAAGGAAAUACAAAUAGAGUUGUUGGGACAUAUGGAUAUAUGGCUCCUGAAUAUGCAAUGCAUGGACAAUUCUCAGUGAAGUCAGACGUGUACAGCUUUGGUGUCUUAGUUCUUGAAAUUAUAAGUGGAAAGAAGAAUAGUUCUUUCCAUCAAAUAGAUGGUGCUGACGACCUUAUGAGCUGUGUAUGGAAACACUGGAAAAAUGGGACACCUUUGGAAGUGUUGGAUCCAAUUUUGAUAGAUUCAUAUUCAAGAAAUGAAGUCUUAAGAUGCAUCCAAAUAGGGUUGUUAUGUGUUCAGGAAGAUCCAGCUGACAGACCAACAAUGGGAACAGUAGUUUUGAUGCUUAACAGUUAUUCUGUUACUCUUCCAGUGCCUCGACAGCCAGCAUUUGUUCUCAACAGCAGAUCAGGGCAGAGCUUGACACUGAAGGCUUUGGAGUCAGAUCAAUCUACUAGCAAGUCAGCGCAAUUGUCUGUUGAUGAAGCAUCGAUUACUGAAGUAUAUCCUCGAUAGUGACAAGCUGAGAUUUCAUCAAAAAUAAACAAAUUGAUCUUCACUCUAUAGUUGCAGAUUGCCAUCAUUCAAGGAUCAUAUUGUAUUUAAAUCCUUUUUUUUAAAGCACUGGAAAUGUUUUACUUAGAGGAAUUCUCAGCUAGGUGAUCAAGUUUCAACAAUCUUCCCAACCAAAAUUGUACUGAAAUACCAUAUCAUCAAAUAGCAAUUUAUUUCUCUGAAUGCAGAAUGUAACCAAAUAGAAAUUGCCUAGCAUUUUCCGGCAAUUUACAGAGCCAAACAUUUUUCAAUGUGAAUUCUUAAGGGGUAAUAGU